GACGCACGGCGCAGGAUAGUCAAUGAGUUUUAUGGCAUUCACACUAAAUCUACAGUAAACAUACAAUAAUAUGACCGACACAAAUGAUGUAGAUCAAAAUGUACGUGUGAGUUUUCAACUGUCGCGCGAGGCUGCGAUCAGGCUACGUGAGCUGGCAUUGACUAAACGCGACUUGCUUUGUAAACUAGGUGUAUUGGCUGUAAAGUUGGGAAACGAAUCGCAGAUUUGUGUGACGUCCGGUCGACCGGAGUUCGAAAAACGAACACAUAGAACGAAUCUGGAAGUUUCAAGAGAAUACGGUCGAGAAAAGUACAACCGUUAUGGAGAUGCUAAAAAAAUAUCUAAACUAAACUCGACAGCAGGAAAGAGAGAUUUCACAAAUUCUGCCAAGGAAAUGGUGUCUGUUUGUCCAGCAUUAGCUAAAGCAACGGCCGAUUCGGUAAUCAUUUCCGAGGAUGCUUUACCAUCAGUGAGUUUGCUAAACAAAGAAUCAUUCAUAAGAGGCGAAGGAUCAUCAUCGCUGUAUGAAAGAUUCGAUGCCAGAAGAAGUGACGAUUCAACGAGAGAAUAUUAUGGUAGUGUAAACGAAGACCCUUUGAGUGUAAAAUCUAUUUUAAAAGCAAAAAAUGGCUUGAAAGCGAACACUAUCGAUAAAAAUAAACAAGCAAGAGAGAUGCCUUCAAUAAACACAACAAACAGCAGCGAGUUGUAUACGAAAACAACUUUAAAAGCGAACAACGUGACACUUGGCAAUAUGGUGGGAAAAACCAACAGUACAAUUUCGAAUGAAGAGUUUUCCGAGGCAGAUGAGGUACGAGAUAAUAUACUAAUAGAAAAUAUGGAUACAUCAAGGAAAAAUAUUACAAGAGGCCAAGUGACUUGUCAUGAUAUGACAACAGGAACAUUGAAAGAGGAUUGUGGUGAAACAGAUAUAUUUGACAACGAGGAAGAUAUCGUUAAGCGGGAUGAUGAAAUUCUUUGUAAAGGAAAAAAUGAUUUGUCGAUCGAUUCGUCAUCCAUAAACGAGGAAGACAACCUGUCAAACAUGACAGAUUCAUUUGACUGUAGCACAAACAACGAGUUCGGCUCUUUACCAUGCCAUGGUAUUUCAUUUGCUCAACACUUAAUUAACCUAAGCAAACAAUAUCGCUUGGAAAACGAAAAAUGCGGUGACAAAUUCUUCGAGGCGUCGAAAAUUGUAAAAAAUGACCAUGUACUACGUAGUUUUACGACGGGCAAUGACAAACAAGAGGAUUUUAUGGGCCUUCCCGGUCAAAACUCGCUACUUUUUGGUGAUAAUUUCAGUGCUUCUACAGUAAAAAGCGCCGAAGAACUGAGCAAAGAACACAGCGAAGCUUCACCAACUAAUUUAGACACCAUGUCCGAGGCGUCAGCGGAUUCUUACCAUUCCUUAUUUGAAGAUGCACGUCUAGGAAGUGUACACGAACUAAGUUGGUCGCCAUCAUCAAAUGAGAACAUACCAGUCACUAUUAGUAACGGUGGUCAUAAAAUACUAAAAAAACCAUCUCCAGCACCUGUGGUCAAAAUGCCAAUGGCAGAUGUGCAAAGACCGAUGAAACAAGAAAAGCCAUUAAAGAGAGCAAAAUAUCAACGACACAUCAAAGGCCACAGUGGAAUUAUCUGCAAACUGUGUAUGCAUCCAGUGUCCAAAUCGUACAGUUGCUACAAGAUUGCGCAUGCGCCUAAAGAAAUACGCCAUCUUUUCGAAGAUGGUCCCAUUGUGUCCGGGUUUGUCGCCGUUGCUUGCCUUAUAAAUCGCCAAAAAGAAACGACAAGAACUCUCAAAAGAAAAAACACAAGAAUAACAUUAAAAUUGCAAACUGAAGUUUUGAAAUUUAGAAGUGUAAAUAGUGGCGUAAAUGAACUUACUUUCGUGUGACAUCUUGACGCGAAAAAAUGCAUUUUCAGAAGAGCUCUUGAUGCAUUUUGGGAAGAUUGUGGAUAUUUAACGAAGAUUUUCAAAAUUUAUGAUGCACGCAUUUUUAUAAAUACUGACAUACAUUUAAAUCACUUUCAGUAAUUUCGCUUGUUUUUAACUGGAAUUCCUUUUUUUAACUCAAAUGAACGAUGUAUAGAUAGUUAAUAUAUAAAAGAAACAAGAUAAUUAUUGAAUAAAAGAGAGAUAAUUUUUACCGACGCAACGAA